GUUACUGUAGCUUUGCUGUGAAAGCUGAGCAAAAGCAGCUCUCCACUACUGCCUUGAGCUCAAGGAGCCCAAAAAAAGGUCAAGGUUUUAAAAAAAAAGAGGACUCACCAAGCACCGCUCUCCCUUUUUCAGUGAGAGAAAUGCCUUUCUCCUUCUCUGGAGAAAACUGGCAUUGCAUAAUAUUCUUUGGGUUUUUUUUUUCCCUUUUCAUUAGUGAAGUGGCUGCUUCCAGUUUCUGAUCCAGGUGCACCCAUCCCGUCUCUCUCCUUGCCCAUUGUGUUGAGGGUUUCCUGCCGAGCUGCGGUGGGUUUUUGCUCUGUCCCCUGUGUCGGUGGGGCAAGCUUGUCCAGUGACCCUGCAGAUAAACCCCUGGUAAGGGCUCCUGGGCACAUCCUUCCCGCAGCUUCCAUGUCUGUUGACACGAGGCAGGACUUACUGCACAGGAUGUGGCUUGGAUCACCAGCUGCCAGUACUUGGUGGUCCCCAGGGUCCAGCUGUAGGAAGCAGGCUUUGGAAGAAACUCUUGUUUUCUUCAUUUUAAAGUUGUCUUUUCAGGCUGUAAGUGCAGGCGCAGUUGUAUCUGGAGUCAAGGGGUAAGCACUGGCUCUGGGAACAAAUAAGAGCAUCACCUUUGGUUUGUAAUUGUAUCCUGGGUCAACUAGAGCUUCAAAAUGGACUUGGAAAGACCCUUGAGUGAACACCCCCAAGAAACGUGGAAGGGCUUCACACUUAGGAAGCUGAGGUUUUAAUAGAAGGAAAACUAGGUUUCUUGUUGUAAAUGGAGACGAGCCAAAUUGACUGGGUAGAACAGAAGACAAUAGGGAACAGUUUACUCCUAAUCCUCCCACUGCCUCCUCGGAGACAUGUUUCAGACACUUGGUGAUGCUCAGCAGCCUCUCUGCUGUGUGGCUCUGUUUUUCAGCACAACUGUGUGCACGUGGUUGUCUGCUGAGACCCCACUUCCAAAUGUGGGACUUAUUCUGCUCAGCUCCUUCUUCCCUGCACUGGCACCACCGCUGGCAAAGGCUGCCCCAGAGAUGCCCCCAGGGCUUCCCCUCUCUCGCAGAAUCAAGAGGAUGCUGUUUAUUUUUUUUAUGUAAACAAACAAAUUUUUCAGAGCCCCCUCAAAUGAAAGGGGAACCUGAGCCAGCAGCGGGGGUUUCCAGCGCUCAUCUGUUCAUGACUGCACAUCAGCUUCUCCCUUCCCCAAAAAGUAAAAGAACAAACAUGAAGGGGGCUUUGGGGAGUCGUGAAUCUAUCUGGCUGCAAUAACAGUGGCCUGAAAACAUGAGAAAGGGGAAUCGGAGCGUUCCAGGCCAGAUCUUCUGCCAGAUUAAGCGCACACAACUCUGCAGAAGCAACAUCUCCACGAGUAUUUUUACUUCUCAAAGUCCUCUCCAUCCAGAGCACUCUCUUCCUUCUUCCCUGACCCUGCCGGCUUGGUGCCCCUCUACUUGUUCAGCCACCAGCACCAUGUGCUGCCCUGGCCACCCACCUGGAGUAACUUCCGUAGCUGAGGGGUGGUUGGGUGAAGCCUCAGGCCAUGAGGAGACAUACCGUGGUCUUACAGCAAGAUUAUGCCUAUCCAUUCCCAAAUCCUUCUGCACUGACCAGGCUGCAGCCCUUGGGUGGUGGCUUUGCCCCAGACAUGGUUAGGGCAGGCUGUGCGCUCCCUUGUUCUGAGGCCACGGGGGAGCCUGCGCUCCCCUUGCUCGAAGAUGUAUGCCAUGGUUGUGACAGCAUCGUGCCACCUGCGUUUGGCCCCGCUUCUCCGAGCGCACUGCAGGAAAGACAGAAGUUCAUUGUGAGCAGCAAUGUGGCCCACGUCCCCACCUUGGCCCAUGGUCCCAGUUUAGCUGCAGCUCACAGUGUGUCGUGGUCUCUAAAAAGCUGUCUACUGGGAUGGCCUCUGUGGGAUGGAGGCUACUGUGGCACCUGGUCUGGGGAGAGGCUCCUGGAGUGGCACUCGAGUCUGCAAGGGAGCCUGCGGCAGAGCGGAGGUGGCCAAGAAAGGAGGGGAGCGCCUGCAAAGCUGUGGGAGAAAGGCAAGAUACUUGCAGGGAUUAGCAGGAGAGCACAAGGAGUUUACUACAGCCCAGGGAGACUCCAAGUUGCUGGGUGGAACACACGCAGGAAGAAAAGGUGCUGACCUUAGGGAUUGUGGGACCUGUUAGAGUUGCUUUAUUUUUAGUCCUCUGGUGGCCACACAGCAUGGGUGGCCUCAUGCCAGCUCCUCCUGGGCCAAGCCAUGCUUUUGAGACACAGGGACCCCAUCUCUCCACAAGAGCUGAGCCAAAACACAGCAGCUACAGGGGUUUGAGUAUGUAUUUUAAUAGCUUCUGCUAGGUUGGGAAGAGCCUUGGCUCGCCCUGCCUCAGCUCUGUGAGCCUUCAUGGGCAGAGGUGCAUCUCCUGGGGUUGAGGAGACCUGGGCAUGACCAGAGCAGUUCUCAGUGUUGGGUGGGUUUUCCCCCAAGUUUUUUAAGAGGCACCCAGGGAGGACACAGUCCCAGGCAUGAUGUCCUGCUCCACUGGGGCUGCCACUAUGAAGAAGGGCUUGAGGUGGCCCCUUGGGUAUCUCGCAGCACAUGAGGGGAGAGUGGUGCCCUGGGGAUCUGCUGCUCCAUGCUUCCACUUACAGCCUGGGGAAAAAGGGAAAAUAGGGAAAUAACCUUAAGAGCAGGAGGUGUUUGUAACUGGCAAAGACCUGCAGAAGGGUCUGGUGGUCUGAGUGGCUGGGUGAGGAAGGAAGAUUUGAGCACAAUGUGGAGAAACCAUCCCCAGGUUCAAAGGCUGACCUCCUUCCUGCAGGUCCCUGCAGCAUCUGGGAGGCCUCCAGGCUGCAAAGAGAGGAGAGGUUAGAAAAACAUUUAAGAACUUUGAACACCAUCUUUUCCUUCCAUUUCCCUCAGCCUGAUUCAGCCUCCUGCCCUGCCCUGAAGCCUCGGGGCUAAGCGGCCUCAUCUGCAAGGGUGGCCUUGGCUGCACCCCCUUCCUCUUUCACCCCAUGCUUCUCGGAUCUAAACAGGGAUUUUUGGUUGAAUAUUUGUGUUCUUCUCCAUAGGAACAGCAUGGAAUGCGAGGCAAUUUCUGGCAGUAUUUGAUAUCUUGCAGCUUUUGGGCUGCUGGGGGCCGCUGGCAGCAGCGGUCGCUGUGUUCCUGCUUGAUGCUCCCCAGGGAGCUCACAAGCCAUCCAGCCAUCUCCAGCACGUUUGUGUUGGCUGGGGGCUGAAAAGUGACUUUGCAUGGGCUUUGCCUUUCCUAUUGAUAUGAAUCCCCUCUCUGUGGGUUUGGGAUCCCUUGAGUUCAUGCUUCUGCAGAAGCAGAUUUUCUUCCCUCGUGGACCCUGUGGCUUUCCAACAGACCCGUCUCAAUAAACACAGAAGUUGCUGAAGUCUGUCUGGGCUUUCUAGGUAUCAUCUUGGUUAGUAACCCUGAAGAUCUCACACCAUGUGGAAAUCCCCUUGGCUGACAAAACCGUACCGGGCUUUCAUUUGAAUUUGGUCAAAAUUCUUUGGAAGUGGGCUAGUGUGGGAAAGACAACUGCAGCACCUCCUUGCCUGAGCUCACAGCUGAGCUCCUCUGAAGAGGCAGAGGACCACACUAUGAGAAAGAGCCGUCACCAGCCACUAUGCCCAGUGCAGAGAUGGUCCUGGUGCUCACAAUGCUUCUUACCCUCUCUCCAUGCUGUGAUGUAGAUAAGGCACCUCAUGGGCUACCACUGUGGGUCAAGACUUGUCUUCAUUCUGUUGGGGAAGUCAGGCAAGAAAUUCCAGUGUGGAGCGUGCCUGACACACUGUGGGUCUGGAACCAGAGGUCUUAUGAGCACCAAGAGGCAGCCAUGAGUGGGUGGCGUGCUGAGGAUAAAUUACGGCAGGGCCAGAGCCAAAGCCACAGACACCAGGCAGAGCGGCACAAAACAAGACCAAAGAAGAGCCCCUUCACAACCACCAUGCUCGCUGCAAGGACCAUCCUGCUUGUGAUGCUCCUCACCUAUUCCUUGCACCAUGCUGCAGCCCACUUCACGCCCACUGAAUGCUGCUUCGAGUAUGCACAAAAACCCGUCCGAUUCGUGCAGAGUUUCUAUGAGACACCCCGAGACUGCUCCUUGCCUGCGAUUGUAAUUGUGACUCCCACUGGUGCCAAGAUCUGCGCAGAUCCCAAGAAGUCUUGGGUGAAGAAAGUCAUGAAAAGGUUUCAAAAGGAAAAAAUGAAUCUGCCACCAUCCACAGCCUGACCCACAUUUACUCCCUCCAGAGGUGGGAGGACUGGACUUGUGACACUUCUCUGAAGUGUCCCAUGGCUGUGGGAACUGGUGCUGCGGACCCAGCCAGCUCAUUCCUCAGCGGGACCGCGUGUCCCAGCAGCACGGAGCAGCUGUCCAUGCCAGGAUGUGCCCAGUGGAGCAAAUAUUUAUAAUAAAGACUAAUUUUCACAAGCUACUCUUUGAAUUUUUCCUGAUUCUUCAGAACAAGGAGCAGAUCCUUCAAGCCCAGGACACGGUACAACUGAAAAAAUGCUUUGCCACAAGCAUGUGUUUCUCCAGGCUUGGAGCAAACUGCGCCCGGUCACAAUGUGCUUUGUUGGGAAUGUGGUAGUGGGGCCAAGUCUUGACCCCCAGGAGAGGUUACCCUUGCCCAGAGGUAAGGUUGUAUGUCCUUAGAGCGUGUUCUCAGCCCUAUGGGUGCUGCAGGUGCUCCAGACUUAGGUGGGUGGAGGUGGAGGGUUUAGGGAGAACAUACAGAUCUGCCAGACCUUUAAUACCUUGUCAGCUUCCAACUUUGCCCAUGGCCACUGCAAAACAAGUGAGGGAGAUGAAGAACAAUGUCCAUAGAGCCUUCCUUCAGCUGGAAGGGAGCAGAGGUGCCCAGCUGCUGGUCCAGCAUUUGACGGGAGAGGUGCAAGUGUACAUGGGAAGACCUCAGAAAGGUGAAGGCAAGAACUGGGCUAAGUGCCACGCACCGAUUCUCAGCCUGAAGCUUCAGGGCUGCAUCGGUACUGAAAGCAGGCAGGGGGACAGGGAAAAACUAUCCCAAGUGGCAUUUUUGCCCACAAAUCAUAGCACCAUGGGAUAAAGCAGUGGUGGAGAGGAAAGCUGAAGCAGAACCAGAUUUUGGAGAACAAACAUCUUCCGGAUUGUGCUUGGCUGGUUAUAGACAGACACAAAGGUUUCAGGGUCGCAGCUUCACAGCACACUAACACUGAGGGCUGUUGUCUUCUGAAAGGAAAAAAAGGAUGUGCAAGUAGCCGUGCAUGGCGAUAAGGGCAUGGACAGCCCCCCAGUCUGUCUGUCGGAGACUCUAAACAUGAAACCAAGCAGUUUCCCUGGUCAUUUGAAUUUCAGGAUUGCAAAGACUAUUUCUCCCAUCUUUUUAAAAACACCACUGAUACUCCAGUCAGACAGGCCCACAAGCAGAGUAUUACAAGUAGAUGACACAUUGCUCAAGAAGGAAAAGCAAUUCUUGCCUCGGCACACAGCUAAUAAGGAAAUUUUUGACUUGCAAAAAGAACUGUGUUGGAAAGGUGUUACAAGACGCUACUGCCAAUAAGA